GGAACACCUCGGCCAGCAUCCAACAGGAAUAAAUUAAUUAGUCUAGCUUGCCGGAGAUGGCCGAGUUGUUACGAUUGCACGGUGGUAGUUUCCAGAUUUUGUAUAUUUCAUCAACUUGCUAAAUAUUAAAUCAGUACACAUAUUUGAGAGUAAACAGUAUGUCUAGAUUUUGAUAAAAACCCGACCACAUUCUUCGCAUUCUGCAGGUAGUGCAUUCUAAUUGUUUGUAGCCAGAUGUUCAAGAUGGAAGUGGGAUUACCCAAGGUUCAAGUAUCCACAGGCAAUGAUUUGUCACUACUAUUAUUUGUGAUAUCACACAGAUUUAAAAAGUAAGCAUUUUUUUAAAACAAAUCCUAACAGAAAUCAUAUUUUGAUAAAAAAAUAAAUAAACUGUUGAUAUAUAUCGUUGAACUGUUAAAACAAAAACAAAAAAAUACUUAUACAGGGAAAACUACCGACAAGAAGAAAAUCCUCUUAUAGCAGUGAUUCAGAAAUAAAUGUAAGAUUGGGCGCACUUUAGGAGCGCAACUUGGGGCUUGCGCAAACUCUCACACGAACCCUUUUGUUCUGGUAUAUGUCUAUAGCUGUAAAUGUAAUAUGACCUGCAUGCUGCAGAGAUAUAUAUAUAAAUACUCCACCUAUAGCCAUAUCACGGACCUAUAAACCAGAUCCGUGGCCAUAUGUUUUCAGUCGCUAUAAUAAACUCAGUUCAGAAUCAUCUCUGUUGUUAUAAUAUACUUCAUUAAAGAACCCAAAACACCUUUUAAAUAAGCUUUUUACAUGGUUAGGGGUAUUCGGCUUUUUUUUUUACUAAUUUAAUUCUAAAAUUGUGCAAUUUUAUGUAUGUUAUUUUCUAUUAUAUUGACACUUGUGUACAUAAACUUAUUAUUAAUUAAAUAACAUGAAUUAAUAAGAAUAAGUAAGUAUAUAUUCAUUUCUAGCAGAGAAACGCGUAGAAACCUGUUAUUCAUGCACAUGGCAGACAAUAAAAUAUUCAGUUUUCGCAUUAUAUAAAAUGAUGUUCACCUUUUUAUCUGUUUUUUUUAUGUUUGUUAUUCAUGUCGGAAAAUAGCUUACUGGGCUAAUGUUUUUUGUUAACAUAUACACGACAUUAAAUAUAAUAAAGAAUAAUGUAUGUUGUAUCUAUCUACAAUGUAUGACUUAUUAUUUCCAUUUUUAUAUUACCAUUUAUAUAAUAAAACGGAUAAGUCCGAGAUCUCAUAUUUCAGUAUUUCUUUAAAAAGCUAUCUUCUUAUUUCAGAUUUGGACUUAAUUAUAACUUUAAUGGUUUAACAAUGUUAAAAUAUCUCUAAGAAACAUUUAUUUGAUUCCGAUGCUAGAAAAACUCACUGAAAGGGGAAAUAACCGCUACGUGGUCUUUGUCAAGAUUUGUGCAACGUGCUGUUGUCUGCUAGGUCGGAGUUUCAGGCAAAAAUGGCCGCUGUUGAAGUCCACAACCCUGAUGACAUCUUAAAGAGAUUUAGUAAACUUCUACAGACUGGGGAACUAAGCGAUCUUACACUAAAGGUGGAUGGGCAACGAUUUCGAUGUCAUAGGCUACUGUUAUGUGCAAGUAGCGAUGUUUUGAACACCAUGCUGACAAGUCGCCUAUGGCCAGAAGGUCGAAGCGAUAUUGUGGUUCUACGGGAAGACCCAGAAUGUGCUGCGGUGUUUCAACACUUCCUGGAAUAUCUAUAUACAGGGCAAGUAACUCUGGAGAAACACAAUGUCCUACCUUUAUUGACCCUUGCAGACAAAUAUAACGUUCCAAGUCUGUCCCGUUCGUGUCUCAAUUACAUGGUUGACGCAUGUUGCCCAGCUACGCUGAAGUACAUACUCCACUGGCUUCAAUAUGCUAUCAUAUGCAGUUACAAAAACUUGGAAGAAAAAUGUAUGCAAUUUAUAACAGCUAAUUUCGAUGACGCUGUUUGUUUGGCGGAUUUUCAUCAAAUAAGUAGAGAUGUUCUGAUUGCAUUUCUCAGGCAGGAUGAUUUGGUUGUCAGCAGUGAAUUGCAUCUGUAUUCUGCUGUGAAAAGAUGGUUUGAGGCUAACAUUGAUGAAAGCAGUGAAGAAAAUGAUGAUUUGUUUUAUAUUGUAAUGAAAUAUAUAAAAUUUCCCAUGAUUCCUCUCAAAGAAUUGAUUCGACUAGAAAAUGAUAGUAUAGCUAGCCAUAGCAAGUUUUUCCUUCAAAACAUAUUUUGUGCUUUGAAAUAUCACACUGGAACAAAAAUGGAUUUCUCUGAAGACUUGCUGAAACAGCUGAAGGAGAGAGAAAGGUUUCAGCCGAGAGUUUAUGUGACGGAAACAUGGAGUACAGAAAUCAUUGUUGAAAAUGUUAGCCGAUUGGCGGAAGGAGAGGUCCGAGGGGCAUUUUUCAGUACACCUGGAAGUUACGCUGAAAUUGAUCAGUCAUGUCACCAUGACUGGCAUGUAAUGUUCUACCCACGAGGUGUCGUGUACUCCGACUGUCAGAUGAUUUCUUGGAUGAACUGUCUGCAGAACCCGGGUGGAAAGUUUCAAACUGUUCGACUCGCACUGUCUACUCAUUGUCAAAAGCGAAGGAAAUUCAGAAUCACUGUUCUAGUUAUGGGUCCUUGUGCGAAUGGAGAAGAGUUUGUUUUCACUGCCAAAACAACUGAUGCAAUAUUUGACAGUGAUUGCACGCUGUUUAAUUAUGAUAAUAUCAUCCCGUAUGAAGAGGUAUUGAAGAAAAAGUCACCAUAUAAGAUAAAUGACAGUAUUAAACUUAAAAUUGUGAUAAGGCCCGAGUUUCAGCAAAUGAAAGCUUGAACAAAUUGUUAACGUCCUGUUUCUGUUGCCUGUUUCGUUAAAAUGUUGGUUGAUGUUAUGGUGAUAUUGUUACUGUGUUAUAUGAUUAUUCAACACAUUUGGAUUAAACCUUGGAAAUACA